AUGGGCCGCAUUCACAUCGGCUUCGAUAUGGCGAUGCUCGACAAUUACGCACCCACGGCUUUCUGGGCCGUCUACGAAAUUCUUUCCGCCCAAGAUUGGUUCAGGAAAUCCGCCAAGAAGUCCGCAAGGCCAUCACCAAAGGAGGCGCAGCGUGUGAACUCUGUCCAAGCCGGCAUCCGCGAGAUCCUCCGCGAUACGACCAUCACCACCGAAGACACGUCAGUUUUGUUGAAGAAGGGGAGCUAA